CCCCGACAACCCCGACAACCGCCACCCACAAUAUCGCCUUAUGCUGUCUGCGUAGUUUGCAAGCUCGCGGCAUUAACUAUUACUGCCUCAUUGCGAUCUCAUAUUUCGAUACUGGUUCUUAUUGUAUAGUCCGUUAUGGCCGGCCCACAACGGCCUGCCUCUGGGCUGCCAACAAGACGUACUGCGACUACGCGCCAACCGACAAGACGGGCUGGUUCGACUGCGGCUUCGGUCAGAGCAAGCUCUCCAGCAAUUACAUCCAAGACGCCUUCUUCCAGCGGUUCGCGCUCAUUGAAAUCCCCGACCGAACCAUCGAGUAUUAUUGCGAAGCGCAAAGAAAGAGACUUCGAGCGUGAGAUCAACGAAGACACCAGCAUCCAUGUUGUGGUAAGAUGUCGAGGCCGCAAUGACAGAGAGAUCAAAGAGAAAAGCGGAGUCGUGGUAUCAACGCCCGAGGGUGUAAAAGGAAAGGCUGUUGAGUUGUCAAUGGGCCCGAAUGCUUUGGCAAACAAGGCAUACACAUUCGACAAGGUCUUUUCAGCAGCUGCCGAUCAAGUCACAGUUUACGAAGAUGUGGUUCUACCGAUUGUCAACGAAAUGCUUGCUGGUUACAACUGCACAAUCUUCGCUUACGGACAAACGGGAACCGGAAAGACAUACACAAUGUCCGGCGACAUGACCGAUACCCUGGGCAUACUAUCGGACAACGCCGGUAUUAUCCCGCGAGUGCUUUACUCCUUGUUUCACAAGCUUCAGGAAACAGAGAGCACUGUAAAGUGUUCUUUCAUUGAGCUAUAUAAUGAAGAGCUCCGCGAUUUGCUCUCAUCCGAAGAAAACCCGAAACUGAAGAUCUUUGAGAACGAGUCGAAAAAAGGCCAUGGAAGCACUCUUGUACAGGGUAUGGAGGAAACAUUCAUCGACUCGGCAUCAGCUGGUAUCAAGCUGCUACAACAGGGCAGCCAUAAGCGGCAAGUCGCUGCGACGAAAUGCAAUGACCUGAGUUCACGGAGUCAUACAGUGUUCACCAUCACUGUUCUGACGAAGCGAACCACAGAGUCCGGUGAGGAAUACAUUAGCUCCGGAAAGUUGAACCUGGUCGACUUGGCCGGCAGUGAAAAUAUCCAGCGGAGUGGUGCUGAAAACAAGCGUGCGACCGAAGCUGGCCUGAUCAAUAAGAGUUUGCUGACUCUGGGUCGCGUCAUCAACGCCUUGGUCGACAAGAGCGCCCAUAUCCCUUACAGGGAAUCCAAGCUCACCCGUCUCCUACAGGAUUCUCUAGGAGGACGGACUAAGACAUGCAUUAUCGCUACAGUAUCGCCUUCGCGGAGCAACUUGGAGGAAACGAUAUCCACCCUGGACUAUGCGUUUAGAGCCAAAAACAUCCGGAACAAGCCCCAGAUUAACUCCACCAUGCCGAAGAAGACCCUGCUGCGUGAAUUUACGUCCGAAAUCGAAAAGUUGAAGGGAGAGCUUAUCGCUACGAGACACCGGAACGGUGUUUAUAUGAGCGUGGAUGCCUAUGAGGAAAUGACCAUGGAAAGCGAAUCCCGAAGAAUUGUAAAUGAGGAGCAGCGCGCCAAGAUCGAAUCCAUGGAGUCCAGCCUACGGCACAAAGUCCAGGAACUUUUUACACUCACUAGCAACUUUAAUGACCUGAAGAGGAAUAACGAAGACACGCGUGCUGCGCUUGCUAAUACAAACGACAUCCUUGAGCAAACCGAGAUUAUCCUAAAGGAUACAAGGGCACAGCUUGAGGAGGAAGAAAUGUUGCGCAAAGCACACGAGGAUACGGAAGUAAGACUUCGCGAUAUUGGCGCGGGCCUUUUGUCAACUCUUGAUACUGCUGUCGAAGAUAUUAACGGCCUACACGCCAAGAUACAACGCAAGUCAGAUCUCGAUUCUGCCAACAAGCAGGCGUGGCAGGUGUCCACUGCUGAAGUAUCAGACGUGACUACAGUUAUUGACUCCAAAGUGGAAGCGUUUCAGGAGCAGCACUCAGAGCUUGUGGAAGCCAUGUCGGACAAGAUCAAUGAGUUUGUCACGCGUGAGCUUGGUAAUAUCGAAACGAACCAAACCCAAUUGUUGGAGUCUGCUGGUUCGUUUGAGAGGGCAGAGCGAGAGGCAAAUGCUCAGACCUCGGGUGCUCAUGAUGAGAUGAAUGAGGUCCUCGAAGAGAUCAAGGAUCUCCGUGAGGAAGUCAAGCGCAAGGUUGGAGAGGGCCUAAAUGGUCUAUCAGCUGCCGCCGCUCGUAUAUCUAAAGAAGUGAUUGGCGAAUUCGCCGAGUUUCACGCACAGCUGCAUUCAUCUUACAGCGCUCUCGGAAAGGACUUCAAGUCAAUGUUCGAGGAAAUGGUCGCGCAUCUUAACGGACAAAAGGCCGAAAUCAACAGAUUGCGCCUAGAGCUGCAGGGGGCUAAUAUCAAGGCUGUAGAGGCUAACCGCAGGGCCUCUUCCAACUUGGCACAGACACUUGAAGAAGAAAGCGCGAAUGCAGAAGCCGAGCGCGAGCUCCUGCUUUCGCAGAUGAAGUCAUUGAUUGAAGAGUCUCGUCAAAGGCAAUUCGGACGCUUGAAAGGCAGGGUGGAGACUAUGCGCACAGAUCUUUCUACCACAGGCGACUUCCUCGAGCAUACAACCGCGCAAUAUGAUCGACAGGUCGACGAGUGGGUAUUCAAGUCGGAGCAAUUUGCAAAGGAUGUCACUGCAUCGAAAGACGAGAUAAGAACCAAGAUGCAAAGCGACUGGGAGGUCUUCGAUCAACGUAAUGCUUCAAUUCAGAAGGCCACUGAGUCCGUUCAUCAGGAGACAGUCCGUAUUGUUGAUGCUCAGAUGAACAACAUGAGCAAGCAAAUGGAAGACCUAGAUGAUUUCGUGGCCAAGGCGCGUUCUCAGAAUGGCCUUUACCGCGAUGCCCACCUCUCAAGCCUGCAGAAUAUGGCAUCCAAUGUCCACCAGUCGUAUUCUUCGGUCAAUACACAGUUCACGGAACUUGGCGGUCGUUUAAGCGAACUACAGGAGGGAGCAAUUCAGCAGCAGAUCAACCUGCAAGAGUCAGCCAUGCCACUGUCCGAUGAUGUUCGGAAGCCGCUCUCAGAGCUUCGCGACAAUAUCCAAAACCGGGAAUUCGAGGACUAUGCCUCUACCGGCGCAACUCCCAAGAAAUGCAGAUACGACUAUCCGUCGGAUUUGCCCCGGACAGAGGCCCAUGAUUCCCUGAAAACCAGGAUGAGAACAUCGAGGCAAUUCUCAGCAUUGCCGUUCAGUGGUGAAGACCAGCUUCCGGCGCUUGACAGCUCUCCUGGAUCUCCCCCAUCCAAAGGCUUCGUUUUCAACGAUGCCGAGGACGAGGUAGGAACUCUACCACCCAAAACCGCGGUCACUCCUUCCAACACGGGACUUAGGGAAGUCGAUGCAAACGUCGUAAAACCGCGCGCAUCUAAUGCUGGGGACCAUGCCCUGGCGCGCAAGUCAUCUCUUGCGAUUGCGGAAACGCCUCUGAAUACCAUGGGUCACACGCCUGGCAAUGAGGGCACAAACCAACCUCCCGCGAAACGACGCUGCUCGAAUCUCUCCAUAACGGAGAGCAAGCUCUCGCAGAAGAUGCUUACGCGAAAGAUGGCUGGGAUGAUGGAGGGACCGGAGAAUGUUCCUCCCUCCAGCGCUAGAAAGCUGAGAAGCCAGCCUUUCAAUUAAACCGCACGCUAAAAUCUCUUUCUUUUCCUGUGCAUGGAUAUUACACUGCUCGCUUGGUGGUGGCAGGCGUUAUGGGAUACCCCUGGGAAUUGGCGGAAUAUUUGGAGAACGACAGUUGCCUAGAACCAUUUUUGAGCCUUGGUCGGCUGGAUGAGAUGGUUACUAUCUGGGUCUGCUUUUUACUACCUGAUGGGAUGAUCUUAAAGUCCUACGAUCUGGUGUUCAGGCGUUUUCAAAUUCUGUUUCUGGUAUAGAUACCUUGAUUGUCGUUGAUAGAUAACAC